AUGGGACGAAAGAAAAUUCAAAUUUCAAGAAUCCUGGACCAGCGAAACCGGCAGGUGACGUUUACGAAGCGUAAGUUUGGGCUGAUGAAGAAGGCCUAUGAGCUCAGCGUGCUGUGCGACUGUGAAAUCGCUCUGAUCAUCUUCAACAGCACCAACCGACUCUUCCAGUACGCCAGCACGGACAUGGACAAAGUCCUGCUCAAAUACACCGAGUACAGCGAGCCACACGAGAGCCGCACAAACACAGACAUUCUGGAGACUCUGAGGAGGAAAGGAUUGGGUCUGGAUGGAGCGGAUCUUGAUCAUGAUGACUCUAUGCACACGGGAGCAGAGAAAUAUCAACACAGCGAAGGCGUGGAUCUCUCAGUCACCCGCCAACGCUACUAUCCCCCCUCUCACAUCCAGUCAGACGCUCCGCUAGUCUCACCUGGAUGCGAGAACAGUUUUCCCAGCUCUCCCAGUCCCAGUCAGGGCUCUCACCAUCGCUCCCAGUCCUUCAAACCUCUUGGACCACGCCCGGGUUCUAGCACUCCCACCUCCACCCACCCCCACUCUCCAUACUUGGCCCCACACCCAGGUAUUGGCUACUCGAUGUUCUCCCAUGGUAACCUGAGUCGGACGUUGGAUAUGAAGACGCCGCCCCCUCUGAAUCUGGGCAGUGAUGGGCGUCGGAUGGACACGUACCCUGGACUGACCAGUACUCGAAACAACCUAACUAAUGCUGUGAGAGGCCAUAGAAUGCUAUACCAGAGUAUGCAUCCCAGCAACCACAUGCUGGCCAUGUCUAAGGCGGGCCUACUGGGACACAACCUGGGAAACUACGGCUCGCCCGAUUACGGUCACACGGGUUUCUCUCACACUGUGGGCGUCCCGCGCGGCUCAGCCAACACCUGGCAAUCCCUGGCACACCAAGACACCCACCAGUCCCUCACUAGCCCCAGCAUGUCUGCGGGAGGCGGACCUUACUCGACACAAGCAGGAGACUCCCCUCCUGGCUCCUCCCUCAACCUCAGCAUCAAAUCAGAACGCAUGUCCCCGGAUCAAAACUGCUCCCCGGCCACGCCCUCCGCCCAUCACGGGGCUCAACCCUCACCGAUGGGUGAAGCCGAUUUAGCGAACCGCCCACCUCCAGAGGCGUUCCCCAUAGAGCGGGAUGGUUACCAUAAGAGCAGCUACCCGGGCCAGCACGGCAGUGGGCGGGGCAUGGCGGAGGACAGAGGUGUGUGUGACAGACAGGCAGAGACUGAGGAAGGCUGGCAGAGAUAG